GCAGCACGAUGUGUCUGGCGGCACGACGAUCCCAGGCAGCACGACGAGCCGCCACAGCAGCACGACGCGACCGCCAUGGCAGCGAGAGAGAGAGAGAGAGAGAGAGAGAGAGAGAGAGAGAGAGAGAGAGAGAGAGAGAGAGAGAGAGAGAGAGAGAGAGAGAGAGAGAGAGAGAGAGAGGAGUGCGCGGCGGAAGCGAGAGAAGAAGGUCCAGCAGGGGGGGCGUGGCGGAGGGAAGGGUGGCGGGGGUGGUGGGGGUGGUGGGGGUGGUGGAGGUGGGGGCAGGGAUUGUGAUUGACAUGGAUUAGAUUAGGCCUGCUAUGUGUAUGUCAUGUA